CGAGACUGCAGCAUCCUGCCGGAUUUAUUCCCUGCUCCCGUCCACUGCCGCUUAAAACCCAACCCCGAAAACGCGAAAAAUGACCUAACCCCCCGUUAAUUUGUUAAUAUCAUGUGAUAGUGCUCGAAGAUGAUCAACGUCGGAAUUAAGAAAAACUGGACCUGGAUCCUGUGCAUCUUUAUUCUUCUGCUGUUGCAAUUUUGUUUAUGUAAUCCGGACGCCAAACGAUUGUAUGAUGAUUUGUUGAGUAAUUAUAACAGACUCAUUAGGCCUGUUAGUAAUAAUACUGACACAGUUUUGGUUAAGUUAGGAUUAAGAUUAUCUCAACUCAUAGAAUUGAAUUUAAAGGAUCAAAUUUUGACAACUAACGUUUGGUUGGAACAUGAAUGGCAGGAUCACAAAUUUAUGUGGGAUCCCCAGGAAUAUGGAGGAGUAACAGAACUGUACGUUCCAUCUGAACAUAUUUGGCUUCCAGACAUUGUUUUAUAUAACAAUGCUGACGGUGAAUAUGUGGUCACAACGAUGACCAAGGCAGUAUUACGACACACUGGCAAGGUAUUAUGGACACCACCCGCUAUUUUUAAGUCUUCCUGCGAAAUAGAUGUAAGAUACUUUCCUUUUGAUCAACAAACAUGUUUCAUGAAAUUCGGAUCUUGGACGUAUGAUGGAAAUCAGAUUGACUUAAAGCAUAUAAAUCAAAAAGUAGGAGAAGACAAAGUAGAAGUUGGAAUAGAUCUACGGGAAUACUAUCCCAGUGUGGAAUGGGAUAUCCUUGGUGUACCAGCUGAGAGACACGAGAAGUAUUAUCCUUGUUGUGCUGAACCAUAUCCAGAUAUUUUCUUCAAUAUAACACUAAGAAGAAAAACCCUUUUCUACACAGUCAAUCUAAUCGUGCCAUGCGUCGGAAUUUCCUACCUAUCAGUCCUGGUAUUCUACCUACCAGCCGAUUCCGGCGAAAAAAUCGCCCUUUGCAUCAACAUCCUUCUAUCGCAAACCAUGUUUUUCUUGCUCAUCUCCGACAUCAUACCAUCGACAUCUCUCGCCUUGCCCCUGUUGGGCAAAUACAUACUGUUUACCAUGGUUAUGGUAGCAUUUUCGGUAGUAAUAACCAUUAUAAUUCUAAACGUGCACUAUCGGAAGCCUAGCACCCACAAAAUGGCGCCAUGGGUUAGAAGUUUCUUCAUCAAGAGCGUUCCGAAGGUGCUUCUAAUGAGAGUACCAAAGGAUCUUCUUACUGAGCUGGCCGCCAAUAAAUUCCCCAACAGUAGGCUCCUACUUAAAAAACGCGAUCUAGACGCCAUGCCUUCCACAGGAUCAUCAAGUUCUUCAUCGUCAAGCUCCAGCAGAAAUAGAGCGAGUGCUUGCAACGGAUUGCACUCAACUUCAGCUACGAAUCGGUUGAGGGGUUUUGCAGGAGCACUUGGGAGUCGGUUGGGCUACAACGGGCUUCCGUCAGUGUUUUCUGGAUUGGAUGAAAGCGAUUCCGGAACGAGGAAGAAGUAUCCGUUUGAGUUGGAAAAGGCAAUUCACAACGUUAUGUUCAUACAGCAUCAUAUCCAGAGGCAAGACCAGUUUAAUGCAGAAGAUCAGGAUUGGGGUUUUGUUGCCAUGGUGUUGGAUCGUUUGUUUCUCUGGAUUUUUAUUAUAACCUCAAUUUCUGGAACCAUCACAAUCCUGUGCGAGGCCCCGGCCCUCUACGAUGACACCAAACCAAUCGAUAUGGAACUGUCGUCUGUCGCUCAGCAACAAUUUUUACCGAAUUUAGAAGAUUUUUAAUUGUUACGAUAAUGCAAUAAUCAAUCAUGUUAUUAUAUAUAUUAUUAAUAUAUCUAUUA